CGAGCCCCGCGCCCCAGCCGCAGUCGCUCCCUCUCUCUCCCUGCCUGGCGCAGCCAGGAAGGUGCGCGGCGGCGGCUGCUGCGGGGUCCGGAUGCCAGGAGCGCCGGCAGCGGCGGGCAACCGGGCAUGAAGAUGGCUGUGGGAGCCGUGAAGAUGCAGCCCCCGCCGGCCGAGAGCCCGGAGCCCGCGGCCCCCGGGGUUUGGGGGACCGCCGGGGCCCCGGGGGGCAGGCAGCAGCAGCGGCAGCGGCGGCGGGGGGGCAGCCCGGGGGCCCCGGAGCAGCCCCUGCCCCAACCUCUGCCCCUGACCCUGCCCCAGGAGCAGCAGCUGCGACACCGGCUGCGGGACCUGCCGGCUCUGUUGCGCAGCGGGCUCACCCUGCGCAGGAAGAGGAGCGCUGGCGGCGGCGGCAGGGCUCUGACAAGAAGAAUUUCAAAUCCAUACCUAGAACACACUGCUUCCCAGAUCUAUGGAGAGAAUUCUUCCUGCGCUGGGAGAGCCCUGAGGAAUAUCUUCAUCGUGCAAGCGUCUGAUCUGAUAAAAGACAGAGUGAACCUUAAGGGAGUUUACAGGAGGAGCUGCGUGGGAUCUGAGCUUGUGGACUGGCUUUUGGAGAACUGUCCUUUCAUUCAGUGUCGCUCUAUGGCUGUUGGUGUAUGGCAGCUACUUCUGGACAUGGGAAUUAUUCUCUCGGUGGACCAGCAGCUGUAUUUUCAGGACAACUAUGUCUUCUACCAGUUUUCAUCAGACGAGUGCAGUUACCUCUACUGUGAAUUUGAAAGGGCCGAGGAGUGGCAAAAUGGGGUCCGACUCUUGCUGCAGCUGGUGCCGCUCAUCCCGUCCAGGGUGGGCGACUGCGACCUGUCCCAUCAGAAAAUUGAAGGCACAGAAGAAACCAGUGAUGAAAUUCUUGUUCGGCUCACAUCUGCGGUUCAGAGGGAACUUGCCGCUGUCAUUGCCAUCAAAGCCAGGAAGGCAGCCCUUGAUCGAGAUGAAGAAAGUGGGGAUGGCCCGACAACGGCAUCCGAGGACGACGGGCUCUCAGACUCCCAGGCAGGGGUGCUGUGCAAGCUCCAGGAGAGGGACGACCUGGGCCGCCUCGAGCUCGUCCAGAAGCUCACCAGGGAAAACUGCCCCUUCCUCCAGCCCGACAGAAAAGAGCCCGAGCAGCCUGACCAGCAAGAUGAUGAAGUCGCAACCUUGCAAGUGAAGGAGGAAGACGGAACUGUCCUGGUAUUCAAGAAGGUGUCGUCAUGCGGGCCAGCCCCCGCGCCAGGGAGUGCCCACACUGAUUGGAGAUACGUGGUGGUGUCGGGGACGCCCGAGAAGAUUCUGGAGCAUCUCCUCAAUGACUUGCACCUGGAAGAAGUCCAGGACAAAGAAACAGAGACCCUCCUGGAUGACUUCCUGCUCACGUACACCGUCUUCAUGACAACGGAUGACUUGUGCCAGGCGCUGUUGAGGCACUAUUCUGCCAAGAAAUAUCACGGCCGGGAAGAAACCUGCGACAUUCCCCGGCGCAAGCGCAAAGUCCUGCACCUCGUGUCCCAGUGGAUCGGCCUGUACAAGGACUGGCUGCAUGAGGACGAGCACUCCAAGAUGUUUCUGAAGACCAUCUACAGGAACGUGCUGGAUGACGUCUAUGAAUAUCCAGUCCUCGAGAAGGAGCUGAAGGAGCUGCAGAAGAUGCUGGGGCUGCACCGACGGCACACUGUGGAUGAAUACUCGCCACACAGAAAGAAUAAAGCCCUUUUCCACCAAUUUAGUCUUAAGGAGAAUUGGCUUCAGCACCGAGGGACUGUGGGGGAGACCGAGGAAAUCUUCUGCCACGUGUACAUCACGGAGCACUCCUACGUCAGCGUCAAGGCUGGGGUUUCCAGCACGGCUCAGGACAUCCUCAAGAUUGUGGCCGGGAAGCUCCAGCACGCCCAGGACGACCUGGCCCUGGUGGCCGUCACCUUCUCAGGGGAAAAGCACGAACUUCAACCAAAUGACUUAGCCAUCUCCAAAUCACUGGAGCUAUCGGGUCGGAUCUACGUCUACCGGAAGGAUCUGUCAGAGACUUUGAGCCCGCUGGUCGAGAGUGAGGAAUCCCAGCAAAGGUCGCUGAGGAUCUUGGGAAUGAACACAUGGGACCUGGCCAUGGAAUUAAUGAACUUUGAUUGGAGCCUGUUCAACUCAAUUCAUGAGCAAGAGCUGAUUUACUUCACCUUUAGCCGACCAGGAAGCAGUGAGAACACUGUGAAUCUCAGUCUCCUUCUCCAGAGAUGCAAUGAGGUCCAGCUGUGGGUGGCCACCGAGAUCCUGCUUUGCAGCCAGCUCUGUAAGCGAGUUCAGCUGGUGAAAAAGUUCAUCAAGAUCGCUGCCCACUGCAAAGCCCAAAGAAACCUGAACUCUUUCUUCGCCAUCGUGAUGGGUCUCAACACUGCCUCCGUGAGCCGGCUCUCGCAGACCUGGGAGAAAAUCCCUGGGAAGUUUAAGAAGCUUUUCUCAGAGCUGGAGAGUUUAACGGACCCGUCCCUGAAUCACAAAGCCUACAGAGAUGCGUUCAAGAAGAUGAAGCCCCCCAAGAUCCCCUUCAUGCCUCUCCUGCUCAAAGAUGUGACAUUCAUCCAUGAAGGAAAUAAAACUUUCUUGGAUAACCUCGUCAACUUUGAAAAGCUGCACAUGAUUGCAGACACUGUCCGGUCCCUGAGACACUGCAGGAACAGCCACUUUGGGGGCGACGUGUCUCCAAAAGAGCACCAGGAGCUCAGAUCCUACGUGCACCACCUGCACGUCAUCGACAACCAGCAGGUGCUGUUUGAACUUUCCCACCGGAUCGAGCCGCGGGCGUGAGCGCAUGGCAGCCUGGCGGCGCACCUGGGGAUGGCGGCACUUUGCAUCGAGGGAAUGUCGAUGCCAAGCAUGUAGCUUUCCUCCUGAAAAUGGAUUUGCUGAGUUUUAUCAGUCACUCCCAAGACGCCUGUGGGAAGUCAGGCAGCCAGAGGAGGAGCCCAGGGCAGCCCUCGAAGAGAAAGAUGGCCCCGGGGCUUCCUUGGGGAGCUGCCGCUGGGGAAACAGCCUCCUCCCUCCUGCCUAGCCUCUCUGGUCCCAUAAGCUUUUCACUUUCCUUUUGUGUGCCAGUGUUCGAGUCAUUGUAUGCCAUGCUGUGUUGGGACCAAACAUUUCAACCAGAAAGCAAAGAAGACGGGCAGGGAUGGACAUUUCCAGACACCCCGGGAUGCCCUUCUCAGAGGCUAUCGCCGAGGUGCUCGGGAGAAGCCUGGGUCAGAGUCAGGAAGACCCGGCUUCGGUCCCGUCCCUGACGCGUCCCAGCUGGGCAGAAGCCUUCUCCUGCCAGGGCUCCGGGCGAAGAGCAGACGUCCCAGACCAGAUGUGCGUGUGCCCAGAAUCCCCACCCCAGAAGGCUAUCCCCGAGUCGGGCCCCCCAAAAUGGCUUUUUCCAAGACCUUGAAAAAAAAGCCCACCGUUCGUCCCUUUUCUGACUCUGUGGCAGCCUCUCCCGAGCAUGGCAGUGAAGCCACAGGAGCGUUCAGGGAAACGGGAAGAGGAGCGGCAGCCCUCCUGCCUCCUCCUGCAGCCUGCGUUUGCAGACAGCCUCUUUUUAGAAAUCCGUGAUCACGGAAAGAUCCACACUUAGAGAUGAAAUGAUUUUCUGCACAGCUGGCUAAUUUAAUGAAAAUUAUUUGGACCAAUUAGGCAAAUUAUGCCCAAUUGCAUUUCCCAUAAGGGCAGCAUUGUUAAUGAUUGCCUUAAAAGAGAAAAGAGAAAAGCCGGGAGCUGCAGAUCAUUUCUGAGGAUUUGGUUCUCCCAUCUAAAUGAAGCCCAGCCCCCAUUUGUGAUGGAGCAAGGAAGGCCUGGGGGCUUGUCCUGCGGGCCAGGGAGGCCUUUUCUGCAAGAGGCAUUGCUGCUUCCUCCCAGAACGGUGCAAGGACCAAGGAGAGCUGAGCUCUUCCCGCCACGGCUGUGCCUGUGAUUUUAGUCCGGGGAGGUGAGGCUGAGUGGAAAGGGAAAUCCACAUGGCCCCGGGUGUCAUGUUAGAGGGCCAUAGCUCUGCCCGGAAUAUUGAAAACUCGGGAUCUCAGAAUGGGAAAAGCCAUCACGGACCGCUGACCCGAUCUCCCGGUCCAAGCAGGGUCUCGCUCUCAUUUAUCUUGAUUUGAUCAAAGCUCCAGGUGGCUCCAACUCACUUUAUUUUUAAUUUCUACAAUUCCUAUAGCAGCUUGGAAGAGGGCACCAUUUUAUAUACUGUUGGUUCAGUUUCCCUGAAUUGUAUCAAUCAAUCCAAAUCAAAUGAUGGGUGGAUAUAGUGCUGGGUUAGUAUCAGGAGGAACCGGGUUCAAAUUCUGCCAUUUCACAACCCCAAGCGAGUCAUUUAGCCUCUAUGUGCCUCACCUAAUUUCCUGGGCCUUAUCUACAGAGACAGAUUGUAAAUCGCGUCCUUGGAGGGCAUUGCCGCCCUGGGAGCUUCCCAUGCUGAGAUCACAGCUCCUUUGGCUAUUUGUGUCUCAGUCCUACGAAGCUUUCAGACUCUUCCUUCUCACAAUCUGUGCACCCUUAUGCAGCACUUUGCUUUAGAUUCAUCAAAAUCCUGUUCAUCUUCCUCGCCAGAACCAUCCGCCAUAUUUCUAGACAAGCUAAUGAUAACGCUGUUUCCUGGAGCUCAGCAAAUAAAUACUGUGUGUGUACAUACACACAUGUGUGGGUGUAUACAUAGACCCACCCAUGUAUAUGCCCAUGUGUGUACAUGUAUGUAUAGACACAUGCAGUAAGUUCUAUAGCAUGGGUUGUAUGUAAUAUAUGAGAGAGAUCCAUUCAAGGAAAUAUGUGGGGAAAGUAUUGCUGGGUCUGGAAGAGAAUGGAUUCGUGCUGGCAGAGAAAGCUUCAUCGUUGUCUGAAAUCAUUCAGAGUCAGAGAUGGGAGACGGGGUGGCCCAUUCUCUAAGGCGUCGAGGUGUGCUCCCAGGCCUGGCGCUGUGUGGGGGAUACCCCGGAGACCAGCAUAUGGUGCCAUUUUAUAGCACACGGUCGAGAAGAACGGACUCUUGUUGGUGCCAGCCAACGCCGCCUCCAUUUUCCUCUAGGAAACGGGACUUACCGUAGGCAACAUCUGGGACGCUUUGGAUUUCUGUGGCAGGAAGUCAGCAAGGGCAGAGAGCAUUUUAACUGGCCUUUGGAAGCCAGGCGAAGCCCAUAUUUUUUUUUAACAUUUUGGCAAUUUAAAGUAGAAAUAGGCUAAAUCUGCUUCAGCCAUCAUGAUUGUUGACCACACAAUUUUCAUGGAAAACUAAGCCACUGAGAUGUGGCAUCGUGGCCAACUCCAAGCGUGCUGAGAUCUUCUGGAAAUACCUUUUUUGAGCACCGACACCUGCACCUCCGCGGAGUGGAGCGGGACAAGGCAUCAUGGUCAGUGGGAAGAGGUGACUGGCUGGAGGACCGGCCGUGCCCUUCACUUUGUCAUGGCCCUCCUCUCUCAAGACCCGGGACUAUGAGGACGGAGCACAGACGUCAGAAGUUGUUUCUCCCUUCUGCCCUCCAGAUUUCAGCAUCUCCCAAGACUUCCCGAUAUUUACUUCAAACCUAAAGGGACUAAAAAGGUCCGUAGAACCUUUUGGAUAAUGGAGACAUGCCAAGAACUAUAAUAAGUCCAAUGCAACAUCCCAGAACAUUCUAAAACUUCGAGCCAUCCAACAAUCCCCGAAUUCUCCAUUCUGAGUGAGUCGCACUCUCCGUUGGGUCUCAGCCCUCUCGCCUCUAAAAUGAAGGUGUCCGGCUUGUUGGCCUCUGAGGUCCUUCCACUGGUGAGGUUCUCGCGUUUCAGGGAAGAAGGUUGCUCCUGAGCCCUAGUGAGCUCCCAUUAAGGCUUCAAGUAAUACAGAAGGGAUUCCUCACCUGGGUGGGAAUUAUGACCAAGAUCUGAGGCUCUAGAGUCUUCUGCAAUUCCACAAAAUAAUUCCUACUUCGCAGGGGAUCUCUACCAGCUAGAACGUGCGCCUUCCCCAUGGACCUUGCCCCUUUGGGUAGAACUGCUACCACUCUUGUGUCCCUGGAUUCCCUGGCAUUCCGGUGAAUCAGGCCUGCGCCGGGUGUGAGUCCAGCACAGGGCACCAAGCACGGACCUCCGUGAGGAAGCAACAACGUCCAAGCGCUUCCUUCUCUUCAUAGGUAGCCCAAAGAUGCGACAAUAUUUUGAGUUACUCUUUGCUGGGCUGUGGUCGCCAAACACUUCUAGGGAUGACUUCUGGGAACAUUGUAUUCUCAAGGCUAAAUAUCAUGCCAUGGUUCUGGGUAAUCUUACGCGGGACAGCAUAAGCAGGAAGAGCCACAUUCAGCUGCAGACGGAGACUAUGACCUACCUUGCACUGAUGCUUGGUUCAAAAGUGCAUGGUGCGUGGAAGGAGAGCUGUGCAGGCUCAGAGUGUCUGCCCGCGUUACCAGAUGUGAGAACACGUCCAUCCAUUGGCUACCAUUGGACUUGUCGCCAAAUGCUGUCAGUUGCCAGCCUUGAUCUUUUGAAAUCACACAACAGAUCAAAUGUGUGUGAGAAAGAGAGACAGACAGACACGCACACACACACACAGACAGACAGAGACAUAGAGACAGAGAGAGAGACAGACACACAGACAGACAGACAGAGACAGACAGACACGCACACACACACAGACAGAGACAAAGAGACAGAGAGACAGACACACAGAGAGACAGACAGACAGACAGAGACAGACAGACACGCACACACAGACAGACAGACACGCACACACACACAUAGACAGAGAGACAGAGACAAAGAGACAGAGAGAGAGACAGACACACAGACAGACAGACACAGACAGACAGACAGACAGAGACAGACAGACACGCACACACACAGACAGAGAGACAGAGACAAAGAGACAGAGAGAGACAGAUUCACAGACAGACAGACAGAGACACACAGACAGACACACACACACACACAGACAGAGAGAGACAGACACACAGACAGACAGACAGACAGACCGACAGAGACAGACACACACACACACACAGGGGGGAGGAAAUUGGCUAAAGUGUUCAAAGAGAAUUGGGCAAAACCCCCAGGGUCCUGUGCCAUUGUCUGGGAAGGCUUUCUAUACCAACUUUAGAUGCUUCUACAACAUGUCCUUAGAAUUUCAGCUCACAUUUAGCCGGUGAGCAUAGUGUGCUUAAAACCAGUGGCCAAAAAAAAAAGUUUAAAAAAUUGCCAAAAAGCAAGAAAAAAAUGUACUACUGUUUAAAACCAAGCUGUAUAUACUUAACCUUUUUUUUUAGCAGAGAAUAAUAUUUAUUUGCAUAGUCUAUUUAUUGCAUUCGGAUUACACUGUUGAUGUACCAAGAAGAAAUCCACGACCCCAAGGCAAGAACUCUUACCUCAGGGGUACCUUUAAUUGGGACCGCCAUUAACGUUGUCAACUCGCAUUAAGGCUAGCAAGAUAGAAACUCCCCAAUCAGGGAUGUCUACCGCACUUCUCAGGGACUACGGUCAGUAGUUAUCCACUCUCCGAAGCACUGGUAGGUAUGAAACUGUUGGUUGAUUUACCAGAAUCCCCCGUGACAGUGUUUUCCUUCCUCUCCCCGCCUGUGGGCUCUGUACAUAGAGUAGUGUUGCAUAUUUAUGAACGCUAGUGAGCAAUAAUUUAUAUGUAAAAAUGGCCAAGCAAUAUAAGGUGAAACCUUGUACAAGUGACAGUGACCUUAGAUGGUAUUUUCAAGUGUUUUUUAAACUGCUUUCCAAAAUAUAUGACUAUUAAAGACUCUUGAAUUGG